AUGGACGUCCGCAAGAAGAAGAGAAAGGUCCUCUUGAUGGGGAAGAGCGGGUCGGGAAAGUCGUCCAUGCGCUCCAUCAUCUUCAGCAACUACGUCGCCAAAGAUGUCCGCCGACUGGGCGCUACGAUUGAUGUGGAGCACAGUCAUGUCAAGUUCAUGGGGAACCUGACGUUGAACCUGUGGGACUGUGGAGGACAGGAUGCCUUCAUGGAGACCUACCUCGCCUCGCAACGAGGCAACAUCUUCUCCGACGUCGCCGUCCUCAUCUACGUCUUCGACAUCGAGUCCCGCGAGGUCGAGCGCGACCUGGACACGUACAACCUGAUCAUCGGCGCGCUGAAGGAGUACAGCCCGAACGCGUACGUCUUCUGUCUCGUGCACAAGCUGGAUCUCAUCCAGGCGGAGCACCGCCAACGCAUCUACGAGGAACGCUCCGCGCUGAUCCGCAGCCGCUCCGACCACUUCGCCAUCGACACCUUCGGCAGCAGCAUCUGGGACCAGUCGCUGUACAAGGCGUGGGCGGGCAUCGUGCACCGCCUGAUCCCCAACCUGACCGUCAUCGAACGCUUCCUGCAGGCCUUUGCCAAACGCAUCGACGCCGAGGAAGUCAUCCUCUUCGAGCGCUCCACCUUCCUGACCGUCACCUCGGUCGCCUCGGACAUCGGCGACAUGAACCCCAUCUACGACCGCCACGAGCGCUUGUCCAACAUCAUGAAGGCCUUCAAGCACUGCGCCGCCCGCAACACCCACACCACCCCGGCCUCUGCCGGCUUCGUCGUCAUGCACACCAAGACCCCGCAAUUCAACGUCUUCCUCGGCCGCUUCACCGACAACACGUACAUCUUCCUUGUCGUCCCGCCCGGCGAAGCCGCCUACAACUGUGCCGUGUUGAACACCAUGCUGGCGCGCGAGGGCUUCGCCAAAGCCGCAGCCACCGGGUACGGCGACGGCUUUCCGCUCCCCGCGCCGGACACUCCCGAUGGCCAAACCGCGCGGGGCUGA